UUCAACGGAGUGUCAGGCUGAAGUAAAAAUGUAUCAGGUUGGAGUUUUACAUGCACUUCGUCGUCUAUCAAAAAAUCAGCAACAGAUCGUUAGAAGCAUCCAUGUCUGUUUUCGCCCGACGUCAAACUGCAAUGAAAAUACGAAAAAAGAUCCCCACGCGCACGCAGUAACGUUAGCUUUGAAGAGCAAGUGUCAUUCACUGCAUGGGAUGCAAAGGUCGUUUUUAAAUGCAUCUACAAUAAAGAUUCAACCAUAUUGCGCAGUUAGAUGGUAUGCAUCCACACCAGUACAUUCUGAAGAUGGACAAUUGAUCUACACAGGCAACCUGGGCAAGGCUGUAAUUGGUGUUAAGUUUUUCUCUUAUUCCAGCAGUAUGUUCAGUCUCUGCGUGAUGCCAUACCUCCUCUUGAAAACAGGAAUUGGUGUAAACAGUUUAGCACUGCAAGUGGCCUUUUGUGGUUUUAUAGGUGUCUUCACGUUUCUGACUCCUGUUCUCCUCCAUCUGAUCACCAAAGGCUAUGUAGUACGCUUGUACCACAACAAGGACACAGACAUGUACACGGCCAUCACAUACAAUGUAUUUCUAGUGGAGAAACGGACUGUAUUCCACCAGCGUGAUAUUGAAAUUCCUGAUGUGAGCCGGAUGUUCACUACCUUUUAUGCUAAGAAACGCUCCAUGCUGGUUAACCCAAUGCUUUUUGCUUUGCCUCAUGACUACAACCACCUCAUGGGGUAUGAUCGACCCUUCUUAUUUGACUUAGAUGAUUUAAACAAACCAAAUGAGAGUUAGCUUAUGUCAGAUUUGUAACUGCAUAUCUGUUCAUACUUGUUGGACGGCGAAGUUGAAUGAUAAAGGUUCUGGAAAAUCUCAAAACCCUUCAAAUAAUUUCAGUGGACUCUUGUAAGAUAUUGAAUUGCGGUUGGCACGGUAUGCCAUACAGAUAUUUUGUGAUGCUGAAAAUUGCAUGGUGUAAAUGUAUUUGUAUGUGAAAUAAAUUCAUAGACAUAUUUACCAACUGUGUAUAGCCUACCCAAUGAAUUUUCUGCAUAAUGCUUUCUUCUGUUUUCCAGCAGUUACUGGUCUGAUUUCAGUUUUUUUUUUUUACAAUUAAAAGACCUGUAAGACGUUUCCAACGAGAAGUUGUACAUUAAUAAACAGAAGUGUUUUCUGAUA